AUGCAAGGGCGACGAUUGACCGACUUGCACUUACCGGUGCCUGGUCCAUCGUCUACGGGCCCCGCAAAACAAGGCAGUCGAAUUCCACCUGGAAUUCAGAAUGAAGAUAGGAAUAAGACUUAUUAUUUAGAAAAUCGAGAUAUGCUACUUGUAAAAACGGAAUAUGGAGAAUUGAAGGGGGCUGCUUGUAGCGGUGUGGAAAAUUAUAUUGCUUUUAAAGGCAUACCAUACGCCAAGCCACCUCUUGGCGAAUUAAGAUUCAAAGCACCCAUGCCACCGGACCCAUGGAUAGGUGUUCGUGACGCAUCGGAGCACGGCGCGGUCUGUCCGCAGUUCAAUGAACGCAUGAAUCGUGUAGAGCCCGGCAGUGAAGAUUGUCUUUAUCUUAAUGUGUACACCAAAUCAUUGCAACCAAAGGAACCUCUUUCUGUAAUGGUGUGGAUCCACGGAGGAGGUUUUUACACAGGUUCCGUUGAAAAAGCCGGGCCUGUCGAUACUAGGUUUUUAGCAGAACUACCAUAUGAAUUAGUUGGCAGAGGCGACAUUGCAAACGUCCCCCUUAUCAUUGGAUAUACUUCAGGCGAGGGUAUUGAAAUAGCAAGGAAGCUACCUAGUAUUAUCGGGUAUUACGCUAAAGAAGGUUCGAUUGUACCGAGAGAAUUGAAACUGAAGUGGCCGGUUGAAAAAAUACAAGAGGCUGAUGAAAAGAUACGAAUGUAUUACUUCAAACAUAAGGAACUAAAGGCAGACAGUUACCAGGAGCUUUCAGAUCUAGAAACUGAUAAAAUGUUUCUGUACAAUCAACUUAGAUAUGCCCGAUAUCACAGUCAAUACGCUACAGAACCCGUUUAUUUUUACAAAUUUGUAGCAGAGACCGAAAGAAAUUAUACAAAAAGAAGUUACAAGAUGGAUUUUAUAAAAGGUGUAUGUCAUGCUGACGAUUUACCGUAUCAGUUCAACAUCACGUGUUUAGAUAUCCCGUUGACUGACGAAUCAAGAUACAUUAUCAAACAAAUGGUGCAAUUAUGGGUCAAUUUUGCUGCCACAGGGAAACCAACUACGAACGAAGAAUGGAGACCAUUUACAGACGCGGAACGAAAUUACGUCGUUAUAGGAAAGACAUUGGAAUACUAUCAAAACCCGAGCGCAGAAAACAUGAAAUUCUGGGAAAAUAUUUACGAUCAAUUACAAUUUAGUACUUACAAAUAA